CGUACCCUCCUCCUCAUGCCUUGCUAUUGUACAGUCUGUGCGCUGCAGUUCCAGAUAUUACAGCCGUCGCUGUUUUUUGCACAGCAUAUAUAUGCACUCCUCUCCCCAGGAUCGAUUGCUUAUACCUGCAAAGGCAAUAUCCGCAGUCGCAAUACUGCCAUUGUGAUGUUCAAUCAAUCAGGAAUCCUUUUAUCCAUGAUUGCCCGUCAUGGUGCGCCCAGAAAGGCACAGAAGACGUAGAUUGUUAUUUUACCCUCGACCGUUUAUAUUGAGCAUUGUGAUUUUUACUUUGCUGGCAUUGACAACAUGGACCAUUCGGUGGUUCAGCCAAAGCCAAUUAGCGGCAUCGAACAUUGCAUUUCAGAAACGUGCAACAUAUUCAGAGCACUCUCUGCUCGCCUUACUUGAAGAUUCCGAGCAAGGCCUGGAGUGUCGACUGGUACGUCAUGCAGACGAUCAGUGUGCAUUCGUCAAGAGCAAUUGCCCCGACGAAGAUGGGCUGUUUCCAUAUAUUCAACUAUACUAUUGCUCCCUUCGCCAUGUACAACCUAUUGCCUUCACGAUCCUGAUAGUCUGGCUGUCGUUGCUGUUUAGUACGAUUGGGAUUGCUGCCAGCGACUUCUUAUGCAUUAAUCUCAGCACCAUUGCCAGUAUAUUAGGCAUGAGCGAAAGCUUGGCAGGAGUGACAUUUUUAGCUUUUGGGAAUGGCAGCCCCGACGUCUUCUCGACCUUUGCAGCAAUGGGUUCUAACAGUGGCAGUUUAGCUGUCGGCGAGCUUAUCGGUGCUGCCUGUUUUAUUACCGCCGUUGUUGCGGGAUCGAUGGCCCUUGUAAGGCCUUUUCGGGUAGCCCGUCGCAGUUUUGUCCGUGACAUUGGAUAUUUUAUUAUUGCCGGGAGUUUUAGCCUCGUGGUUCUAGCAGAUGGAGAGCUCCAUGUUUGGGAGUGUGCAACCAUGAUCGGCCUAUACAUAUUCUAUGUGGUGAUGGUUGUAUCGUGGCACUGGUACCUUACUCGAAAACGUCGGAAAUACGAAAGAGAAUACGCAGCAAGAACACACUUUCAUAUACCUCAGAGUCAGGAACUCGACCUAGAGGAGCCAGUCUCGGACGACGAUCCAGUUGCUGGGGAAACAACUAGUCUCCUGCAUGGCCAUGAGUCCCUUGAUCUUAAUGUACUUGAAUCGGACCAAUGGCCAGCCUGGGAAGAUGACGACGAAGAUGAUGAGACACGAAACAGAUAUCUCGCUGAAAUUCGUGAAAACAUGCAUGUGAGUCGGCCCACGCCGCCUCAACGGCGAACAACCGUCAAUCCCAUUCGACCGAGUUUAGUCGGUGCUUUGGAGUUUCAAUCGGUACUUUCUUCCCUAAAGAAAGCAAAGAGCAUUCAUGAAGAUAAUAUUGAUCUCCAUCAAUAUUCAAAUGAGAAUGGUUCAAAUACACGCGAACAGGGCACGUCCAAUCGUAACAGAUCUGUUUCAAUGAAUGAUGUCCCUGGUAUACAAAUUGACACUACGAAUAUCCCCAAAGCGGGCAUGUAUUCGCAACCAGAAGUGUCUACCAAUCAUAUGUCUCAACAUCCUGAAACCCUACCAGAGCCUCUCUCGCUCAGGUCCCCAUUACUAACAUUGCCACCAACUUCAUCCAAUUCCUCAAUACGUUCUGAAAUACAAUUGCAACCACCGCAGCCAAAUAAUCAUCUAACAGUUCCUGGAGACACGUUUCGUGUCCCGAAUUACCAAGCAUCUCCAAAUUCACCUCAUCUCUCUCCCGGCGAUGUCUCUCCGAUGUCAAACGGCGGUGUACCUCGCAUACCUUCCUACUCCGAGACUGAUGAUGAAACAAGCGCAACUGUGCCUUUUCCAGCUUUUCUUGAUACAUUGACACGCUCACCACCAUCAUUGCGGCCCUUCGAUCUUUUUGGUUCUGCUGCUUCUUUGAGAAACUCAGCAAUAGCGGCGGAGAAUGGGUUAGCUCAGGAAAUCAUUCCUGAGCCAGUAGAGUUGAAGUGGUGGCCGCAUCGAUGUCUUCCACCUUUUAGGCUUUUCUUCGUCACAUUCUUCCCUACUCUAUGUAACUGGAGAACGAAGUCUGUCUGGGAGAAGUUACUGGGUGCAGUAGCCGCACCGAGUGUGUUUUGCUUGACCAUGACCGUUCCAGUGAUAGAACCUUAUCGUGAAGAUGCAGAUCAAGAAGCUGAACUCCCUCUCACAAACGAUGGAACUGAACAAAUACGACCCAUCGUUCGUCUGCCUGAAGACUCGCCCCUCCUGCGUCCACGAAAUGAAUCAUCAGUUAUCGAUCAAGGCACUCUAGAUCAUGAUUCUCAAAGUGUGCACCGAAUCGAGUCGAUAAAUAGAGGCAGGCUUGACUCUGAGAUGCCAGCCUUGGAGACACAAACUAAAGAUGUCUCCUCUCCAACGCGAAUUUGGUAUCGUUGGCUUACUAUUGUGCAAACUUUCACUGCACCUCUUUUUGUUGUCGUAAUCGUCUGGUUUAACAUUGACGUUGAUCAUGAUCCACGAAAAUUGAUUAUUCCUAUUCUAUGCAGUCUACUGGUGUCGCUACUCUGCGCAGCUCUACUGAUCACAGUAUUGAAAGAUCGCACUCUUUCACAUCCACCGGAUUGGCUUCGUCCCAUCCUAGCCUUCAUCGGCUUCAUUGUUGGCAUUUGCUGGAUCGCGACAAUUGCCGAUGAAGUAGUCAGCCUACUCAAAACUAUUGGAGUCAUCAUGAACAUUAGCGAUUCACUUCUGGGUCUCACAGUCUUUGCCGUUGGCAAUUCACUGGGUGAUUUGGUGGCAGAUGUCACAGUAGCUCGUCUAGGCUUCCCAGUAAUGGCGCUGAGCGCCUGUUUUGGAGGACCAAUGCUGAACAUAUUGCUUGGUAUCGGCAUUGGCGGGCUGUACAUGACAUGGCAGUCAACGCAGCAACAGAUUCCCGCAGCCGGCAUACAUAGGGAACCAUAUCGAAUCAUGAUUUCAAAAACUCUCAUCAUUAGUGGUUUGACCUUACUCAUCACACUCCUCGGGCUUCUUAUAAUUGUGCCACUAAACAGUUGGAAAAUGGACCGUAGAAUUGGCUGGGGCCUUGUCGUCCUUUGGACUUUGAGUACUUUGGGAAAUGUUAUUGCAGAGAUUCUGUUCUAGUUAAUUGUAUAUAUAAGGAGAAUAUCAAUAGAUCAAUUGAUGGAUUCAUUUGCAUCACUCAA